AUGAGUAAUAUCAUUCAGGAGUAUUUGGAGGGAAAGAUUGAUUUCGCGGGGCAGAAUUUGGUUGACCUGAUUAGCAAGGCGACGUUAGCUGGGUCUGGUGUCCUGGCGUUCGUUGUGGGGUUCGUACUACAGGAUAUCCGUAUAACGUUCGCUAUCAUGGGGCUGGCGACUGUAACCCUUGCAUUGAAUCCGGUGCACGGGCCCACCGUAGUCCAGCUCCCACCUCAACAAAAAGAGAUGUCCACCUACCCGACAGCACUCGCCCCGCAGCUGAACCAGGUCCCGGAGGACGCUGUUGCGGGUCAGCCAACCCCGUCGCAGGGAGGCAUGAUCGGAGGCCACGAGUUCGACAUGGCCAUAGGCCAGCCAUCACACUACCAGCAGCCAUCAACCCCACACGCCCCUUCCAGCAACAGUAACAGUAACAGCAACAGCAACAACGCCAGCUCGGUUGGCUCAGCACCACUUCCUCGAGGGGCCACACCCAACUCUCAUCGUGCCAGACCCGUCUCGAUGCCCCCGCAAGCCUACGCCCCAUCGCAGCCCCCAGCUAGCAGCCGCGAUGCAGACUCCCGGGACCGGUCACAGCCUGCGGGUGACGAAAACAGGGAAAGGAGAAGACACAGGGACGACCACAACAGCACGACCGGCAGGUCCAGUCGCUCCAACCGCAUCCUCGGCGACUACACGCUCAGCAAAACCCUCGGCGCAGGAAGCAUGGGCAAGGUCAAGCUCGCCACCCACAACAUCACCGGAGAGAAGCUUGCCGUCAAAAUUCUGCCCCGUGUCUACCCUAAUCCACCACCCCAGACGAAUGGGAACAACGACUCGGCCGCGCGCCAGGCCUCACGGGACGCAUCCAAGGAAAUUCGGACUCUUCGCGAAGCCGCACUCUCCAUGCUUCUCUACCACCCCUAUAUCUGCGGCAUGCGCGAGAUGAUCGUCCACCAGCACCACUAUUACAUGGUCUUCGAGUACGUCAACGGCGGCCAGAUGCUCGACUACAUCAUCAGCCACGGCCGCCUGCGUGAGCGCGUCGCCCGCAAGUUCGCACGCCAGAUCGGAAGCGCGCUCGAGUACUGCCAUCUUAAUAGCGUGGUCCAUCGAGAUUUGAAAAUUGAGAACAUUCUCAUUUCCCAGACGGGCAACAUAAAAAUCAUAGACUUUGGCCUGUCCAAUCUGUUUGAUCCCUUGGAUCAUCUAUCCACAUUCUGUGGAUCUUUGUACUUUGCUGCCCCUGAGCUGCUCAAUGCUCGGGUCUAUACUGGCCCCGAGGUUGAUGUCUGGAGCUUUGGUGUUGUCCUCUACGUUUUGGUGUGCGGUAAAGUACCUUUUGACGACCAGAGCAUGCCAGCUCUCCAUGCAAAGAUCAAACGUGGUCUAGUAGAGUAUCCGGUUUGGCUCAGCUCCGAGUGCAAACAUCUUCUCUCGCGGAUGUUAGUCACCAACCCCGCCAACCGUGCUUCUCUCGCUGAAGUUAUGAGCCACCCAUGGAUGAUCCGUGGCCACACGGGUCCUCCAGCGAUCCAUAUGGUCCAUCGCGAACCUCUACGCGCCGACGAACUCGAUCGACAAGUGAUCAAGGGCAUGACGGGCUUCGAGUUCGGCACAGAAGACGAAAUCGAACAGAAACUCAUCCGCAUCCUCGAGUCUGAAAACUACAUUCGGGCGGUGCAGCAUUGGGAACGCAAACGGAGUAUGGGUAAUUUGAAUGGUAAUGGCAACAGCACCUCCCGCUGGGGCGAGUCCGUGUCCAAUUCAAGUCUCGCAAUCUCCUUCGACAGCAACAGCGGCAAGAACGACGCAUCCGCUUCAAGUAGCAGCAAAAAGUCCCGCCGGUUCUCGGGCUUCGAUUACUAUAGACGCAAGCUGUUCUCACCAGCGUCGUCACCACCAGGGAGUCCUCAGAGUCAUUCACCACCCCAUUCACAGCAUCAUCUCGCUCAUCCUUCAUUUGCAGAUUCGAACCGGGAGCCGAUGGACCCGACGAAGGGAUUCCACCCUCUGAUAUCGAUGUACUACCUCGCACGCGAAAAGCUAGAGCGCGAUCGUGUAUAUGGCCCCGGCCAGUUCGCGAGCUCACAGUUGUCGAUCUCAGGCGAUGCGGCCAACCAGGCUGCCCUCAACAUGACGACACCCGUGGACGAAACCUCGAUGCGCCAGCAACAGUACCUCGCCACGACUCAGCCACACUUCACCGCGCCCGCAGUGGCGAAGAAGGACCCACUCCCAUCCGCCAAGUCCAAGGCGGACUACAGCAUGCCGUUGCCCCGACUUCCCGCACCCGAGACGUCGCAUUACUCUGGCAUGUCGUACGACAAUACAGCAGCGCCAUCGCCAACCUCGCCAGCGUUUGCGCAGCCGCGUGCAAGGGAUCCAGGGCUUCCGCCACCAUCGCCUUCUGUGCAGCAAAGGCAGCAUAUUGAGAUCGAGCAACAGCAGCAGGGCGUUGCACCGAAACAAAACUUCCCGCGUCCCCCGGCACCGACUAAGCAUAAUAGAAGUCACAGUCUUAGCCAGAGGCCGACGAAUCUGGGGCGUGCUUGGGGUGGCAUGUUUGGAGGAGGGGGCUCGGUCACGGAGAGUGUGAGCGCGGACGAACAGGGUGUUAGUCGGUUGCCUGCACUCCCGCAAACGGCUGGCCCGGAGAUAACUUCGUUCGCGGAGAGGCAAGAGGAGGGUGCGGAGAAACACCAUGACCAUGGGUCGGCGUUUUCAUCUGGUGCAACGCUCGUACGCAAGUUUGGGAGUAUGCUGGUGGGUGGUGGGCGGAGCGAUGAUGGGAAGAGGCAUGGGACUGUGUCAGGGAAAAGGGGUACAAUUCUCAGCGGCGCGUCGACGUCUCCUAGGCCGUCUUCUGGUGAUGUCAAGUCUGCUGAAGAUGAAAAAACAACACAGCCAAUUGGCGAGGGUGCAGAAGGUACGGUCACGACACCCUCGGCGACACGGACUCUCUCCGCGAGCGUCAGCCAGCCAAUUGGGAAUGUGCAUCGGCGUGCAGCGACUAUUCUCGAUCCUCAAGGGCGCACGACGCGGCACGAGAGGCGGAGCAGCACCGGUGCCGCGCUGGUCAACAGUGCAUCCGGGGGCACGAUUGGGCGCCACCGCCGUCCAUCGACGGGCUAUGGUAGUUCACGACCGAUUACCGAGAGACUGUUUUCGAAAAAUGAGGCGGAAAAGGAUAUGGCGGAAAAGAGAGAGGAGGAGGAAGCGCAGGACGGAGGACAGCGUACUGGUGAAAACUUGGGUGAGGAGGGUAUGGAAGAAACAUUUAGGGAGGAGGAUGAGAGGCAUACGAAUGAAAAAGAUUUCAAGCCCGUUUUCCUCAAGGGAUUGUUUAGUGUGGCUACCACGUCUACAAAACCGCCUACUGCUAUUAAGGCAGAUAUACGUCGCGUUCUUGAUAGGAUGCAGGUCCAGUAUCGGGAAACAAAGGGAGGAUUUGAGUGUAUACACUUGCCCUCUAUUGACCUUUCCUCGGUCGAGACAUCGACCAUUCGUGGUAACUCGCACCACCAGCAGGCGUCAUCGACUACAUCAGGCGACACAUCCCCAUCGACGCCGAGUAAUAACCGGCCAUCGAUCGCCAGAAAGGUUUCUAAGCUCUCGUUUGGGAUGAAGCGUGACAAGGGCAAGGACCGCGAACAGACGGAGAGUAAAGACCAGGAGAAGUCGGAAAAGGAGAAGGAGACGUCGACGACGGGACGGCCGUCGGGUGCGACGCUGAUGACAACACCAAGCAGUGGGUCUUCGUCGUUCUUCAAUGUGUCGUCGAACCACACAGUUGUCGCAGCCUCAGGUGAUAUCCAGACGAAUGGGGUUUCGACGCCUAAUCCUGGUGCAGAUUCGGGUGUUACUCCCCCGCCGAGGUCGCACUCGCCCGCGAUUUCGAGUAAGGAUAAGGGCAAGGUGCUUCCCCCUAUCCCACACGACUUUGCGCCGAGGCCUGCGUCGCCACAGCGCAGUCCAAGCCCUAUGCCAACUGGAGAAAUCGACCGCGAGUUGUUUGAGAGUAUGGGUAAUAAUAGCUUGAGCGUCCGCUUUGAGAUCAAUAUUGUAAAGGUGCCUUGGCUACCAUUACAUGGGAUCCAAUUCCGACGUGCGGGUGGAGAUGGUUGGCAGUAUCAAAUGCUGGCUAGGCGGGUCCUAACUGAACUGAAGCUAUAA